AGUUUGCUGGCAGCUCGGUAACAUGGACACAACCUAUGAAAAUACAGAGUUCAUAGAUUUAUCAAUCAAUGAAGCCUUUUACUGUAAGGGUGAUCCAGCAGGAGUCCAUCAGAAGAGAGAUGUGACUCAAUCUAAGUGGAUUAAAGUUCUUCUGUUGGUUCUCUGCGUCUCUGUUGUUCUUGCUGUUGGUGGUCUUUGUGUUUUGGGGGUCCUGUAUAAUAAUCAGCUUGGAGAUUUUGAAUCACUGCAUGUACAGAACCAAAGGGAUUUAAUGAAACUGUCAACUCAAGAGAUUAAUGCCACAAUCAUGGAAAGAAAACUAACAGCCAACCUCACUACAGUUACAGAUCAACUCUCCUUUUAUAAAGUCAUGGAAAGAAAACUAACAGCCAACUUCACCACAGUUACAAAUCAACUCUCCUUCUAUAAAGUCAUGGAAAGAAAACUAACAGCCAACCUCACCACAGUUACAGAUCAACUCUCUUUUUGUAAAGUCAUGGAAAGAAAACUAACAGCCAACCUCACCACAGUUACAGAUCAACUCUCUUUUUGUAAAGUCAAGGAGAGAAAACUAACAGCCAACCUCACCACAGUUACAGAUCAACUCUCCUUCUAUAAAGUCAUGGAAAGAAAACUAACAGCCAACCUCACCACAGUUACAGAUCAACUCUCUUUUUGUAAAGUCAUGGAGAGAAAACUAACAGCCAACCUCACCACAGUUACAGAUCAUCUCUCUUUUUGUAAAGUCAUGGAAAGAAAACUAACAGCCAGCCUCACCACAGUUACAGAUCAACUCUCUUCUUGUAAAGUCACUGAGAGAAAACUAACAGCCAACCUCAACACAGUUACAGAUCAACUCUCCGUCUAUAAAGCCAUGGAAAGUGAACUUCACAAAUUAAAAGCCAAAUACAACAAACUGAGGGCUUCCCUUUAUGGUGCUCAGUCUUGUGAUCUCUCUGCGGAUGGCUGGACAGUUUGUCGUGGGAUGAUUUACUUCAGCACUGAUAAACGAGACUGGGCAAGCAGUCGUGCUGUGUGUGUUUCAAUGGGAGCUGACCUGGUUACUAUAACAAGCCAAAAAGAACAGGACUUCCUGGUGUCUAAAAUUAAAGAGACUCACUGGAUCGGUCUUAAUGAUCUGAAGACUGAGGGUCGAUGGGUUUGGGUGAAUGAUCAAACUCUUGAAGAGACCGGAGUAAAGUUCUGGUACAAGAGGGAAUCUGGGAAAAAUGAACCUGAUAACUGGAAAGUGGAGGAUUCAUCCGGAGAAAACUGUGCCAGUCUGGGAAACAGCAGCGGCGAUGUAGAAACUUGGUUUGAUAAUUCCUGCAAAGAGAAGAAGAGGUUCAUCUGUGAAAAGAAAUAAUUUACUUCCACAUACAUACUGUAUGAUAUUGAAGAGAUCUCCAUUUUAAAUAUGCAAACAUAGUACAGACAGAAUAAUAAUAGAUUAGGCAUGUUCUCCAUUCAAGUGUGAGUAAAAUCUUAACCAUGUCACGAUCCUGUCAUCCUUGUAAGUGUAUUGUGUUAUUAGUUAAAGGCUUGUGUUAGAGCGUGAUGUUUCAGAUCCUGGAUUUUGUUCUGGUGUCAGGAUCUGAAGUUGUGACGCCCGGGUGUUUGUUGUCCUGUGUUGGGACUUUGUUGUUUGAUGUUAUUUGCUGUCACUCUUGUUGUUUAUUCUGUUAGCUAAGUUAAGUUAGUGUGAUUCAGGUUUUGUCUUUUCAUUUGCUUUUUUUAUUUGAAAGAGGUUUGUUGUUUGUUGUUGAAAAGUGCUGUCUGCGCUUGGGUUCUUUCUUCUUAAAAUAACAAAACAUCUGAAUUUAGAGAUAAGUGUGUUACUUUAUUUGUAAUUUGCAGAGCAUUUUGCUGUUUAAAUUUUCUUAAUCAGAGUAUUGUCUUAAUCGUGUUAAUAUCAACUAAUUGAUGUUCAAGCAUAAGUAAAGAUUGAAUUAUGAGACAUAACAGAGAAUCAGUGGUGUUUAUGGACAGAGACAUCAAGCCUGAUACUGAUAUUGGGGUGGUUGCCCGGACAGGGUUUAGAUUAAUCCAUUAAAGCUUUGCAAACAAUGACUUUCUUGCUUAGUAUUUUUGUCUUUGUUUUCAGUAGAAAUUUCUAAAAAUUCUUAAAUUAAGAUGUAUUGCCUUGAUGAGCAAAAUGACCUAAGACACCCUUUUUAGACAAAAACUAUACAAUUUAAGUAAAUUUAAACUUCAAACA